AUGAAUAUACAAAUCUAUUACAUGGAUUUGACGGUCGACUGCUUAAGAAUGGGUUUAAUAUCAGUGAAGUUUUAUACGAGUAUUGAAUCCAAUAUACGGCCCGUAAAACACAAACUGAAGGCAUCGGCGCUUCAAUUCAUGUAUUCAAUGGAUAUAACAUCUGAUUGUUUGGACUCAUUGUUCACAUGGUUUAAAGCCUUACAGCGAAAUGAGUUGUGGGCCUAUCAAAUAUUUGAUUCAAUGGGUAAAAUACCUUCGGGUCUAUCGGAUGGCGUUAUCACAAGUUUUGGUGAUUACGACCAGUGCUUAGCCGUUAAAAGCGGUCCACAAAUGAAUACCAAAACAAUUUAUGGCAAAUACUGUUUAGUAAAACCAGUCAUUCCUCUCAACAAUACCGACCAAUUAAUGCAAAUCAAUGGCUUUGAUAUAUUGAAUAAUGAGACAAAUACCUGGAUCAAAAGUCAAAUAAGCACCAACAUCAAUAAAAUUAAACCUACGAUUAUUUUGGACCUAAACUACGGACACAUAGCCUGCGAUCUGUCCGGUAAGCGGUUUCCCAUUGAGCGCUAUAUUUCAACUUCAAAUCCUAUGCCCAAUACUUAUGGUACUAAUGAGAUGGUCACCAAAAUAUGGGCUAAUACUCAAUACGUUGGCACUAUUGAUGGCAAUGGCAAAUUAGAAUUACAAGUCUUUUACAUGGAUAUGACGGCCACUUUGAUUCUCUCUCUAUAA